AGCUCGUGACGGAGACAUAUCAUUCUCCCCGAUCCUGGGUAUCCUGAUAGGCGCCACGCUUACCAUCAUCAUCGUCAUAUUCCUUGUCAUUGUCAGGAUACGAAGGGCUCAGAGCCAAUCAGCCGCUUCCAGUUUGGAACAAAAGGUGUCGGCGGACAGCCAGCAGCACCACCAGAACACAGUUUCGUCCACGAAGCCUCUGCUAAGGAGUGCUUCUCCGAGGGAGAUUGACAACGAGAGGGAUCCGGAUGUUAUUCCAGCUAAAUAUGGCUCACCUUCAGGCGAUCCAAGCACUGAAAGGCCAUCCAUCUCCCUCAAUGGUCCCCAGGUUCCUCCACCCAUGGGUCUUCCACCGUACCCCCAAGUCAGUUGCGUACCCCCAGCCCAGUGGGUCAGUCCAGUGUCUGCUGCCCAAACCCUUCCACAUCCAGAUCAGUACCAUCAAUACAACAACCCCGUAGCAAUGGCAGUUAGCGGUACCUUCCCCAGAGAGUCCCGGCCGAAAGACCUGAGGCUAGGCAACGGCAGUUCUACCCUGCAAAGGGUCACGGACGUCGAACUCAACGGCUUGGCCAUCAAGGAAAGACUAAUGGCCAGCAGACUACCAGAAAGUUGUGUCUAA